AUCCUCCGGCAAGCAGGACUAAACCGCAUGCAGCACCAUGGCUCCCAGUAAUUUCGUACCUCUUUUGUCGUUAAAAAUUAUCUUCCGUUCGCUUUGGAGUAUAGUGUACUAGAACGGGUAGAUAGCACCUGUGAAUUCUACGAUACAUCUGCGUGCAGCUAAUCUAUUCUGGGAAAUUCAUCCUCUCAGUAGCGAGGAGCUCUGAGCUCAUCGCAUAAUCGACUUUCAAAGUCGAAGUCGUAAACAGUCGUAACUUUCGGCAAGUUGCCAAGGGAUUCCGAAGUCGUGAACAGUCUGAGGCGUUUCCGCACUUCCACGUUUCCGCGUUCCCGAAUUUCCACGUUUCCGCAUUUCCGCAUUUCCGCAUUUCCGCGUUUCCACAUUUCCGCGUACGCAGUACUAACUCCUCGCGGAGGUAGCCGCGGCUCAUCUGCUAGUAGCGAUGGUAGCGAUGGUAGAAGACGUCGACGAAAUAGAAGCGACGGCCGGCGAUGCGAAGGAAGCCGGAACGGGCGGUGACGGCGGUUGUGCUGACGUGGACCAUGAUGAUGGCGGCGAAGCUUCGCGGCGGUUGCCACGUGGCGAGGAGAUGAAGCUGUACACGGAGGCGUCCGCGUUUGAGGGCGCCGCGGUAGUGGCGAUGAUCCAGCGGCGCGACGAGGAGGUCGGAACGGAGCAGAAGAUCCUUCAGAUCACCAUGGAGGACGGAAUCACCCUCUCCGUCGAACUAGACCCGGCGGAAAAGAGGUUGAACGAACUCGGAUACCGACAAGAGCUCCGACGCUCGCUGCGCUUCCCCGGGCUGUACGCAGUGGGCGUGUCGUUCAUGACGGUCUUCGCUGGGUUCGUCCCCACCUACGCCCAGGGUUUCAUCAACGGCGGGCCAGCGGGGCUCAUCUGGUACUGGUGGAUCACCGCCUUAUUCGUCCACCUUAUAGGCGUCUCCAUGGCGGAAAUAGCGUCCUCGUUUCCCACAGCUGGCUCUCUCUACUUUUGGGCGGCAGCACUGGCAGGGCCACGGUGGGGCCCACUGGCGUCAUUUAUCACAGGCUGGAUGGAAUUCUUGGGCUUGGCGGUGUGCGGAGCCAAUGUGUCGUAUGGUGGCUCAGUCAUCCUGCAAGUGCUGAUUCUCAUUUCCACCGGCGGUGCUGAGGGCGGCGGCUUCCUCUUGAGCAAGUACACCGUCUUUGCCAUUGCGUGCGCGUUUGUGCUCAUCUGCUUCCUCAUCAACUGCCUGCCAGUGCGCACCGUGGCAAACGUCAUGGUCGCCUCUUCUUUCAUUCAGAUCACAGCAGCUGUCGUUCUGAUUGUCAUGCUGCCCCUGGUGGCGCCUACCCACGAGCCCGCAUCGUGGGUGUUUGGCGACUUUGGCAACAACAGAGACACCACACUGACGCCAAGCAAUGCGUAUUCGUUCCUCAUCACUCUCCUCGUCUCCCAGUACUCCCUCUACGGCUACGACUGCGUGGCGCAUCUUGCAGAAGAGACAAAAAAGGCCGACCGGACGGCGCCCCUCGCGAUUAUGUCCUCGCUCUCUACCGUCACCGUCCUGGCGUGGCUGCUGGUGGUGGUGCUGACGUGGAGCAUCCAGGAUCCAGCUCAUCUGUUUGCAGCAGAGAGCGUGACAGGUGGCAUGCAACCAGUGGUGCAAAUCAUGUGGGACGCGUUUUAUGCUCGCUACGGCUCUGGGCUGGGAGCGCAGGUCUUCACUGUGGUCAUCUGCAUUUCCUUCUUUGGCGCCACCCUGUCAUGCCAGCUCGGGGCAUCUCGAGUGGCCUACGCCUUGGCUCGGGACGGCGGCCUGCCCUUCUCUUCCCUCUGGCGUCGCCUCUCCUCCAACCGUGUCCCCAUCGCGGCCCUCUCCCUCUCGGUGGUCAUCGGGCUGCUCUUCCUCCUCCCAGUCCUCGCCUCCUCCACACUCUUCUUCGCCCUUGCAUCAAUCUCCACCAUCGCAUGGGUCUCGGCGUAUUCUGUUCCGAUCUUUUUCCGAUUCGCGCAAAAGGAGAAGCAUUUUCCCCCGGGGCCGUUUUACCUGCCCAACUACAUCGGAGUCACGGGCAGUAAACUUGUCCAUCUACUGGCACUAUUAUGGGUCCUAUACACCCUCAUCGUCUUCAACCUCCCGACAAUGUUUCCAAUAACCGUUGAGAAUUUUAAUUGGGCGCCGGUGGCAAUCGCUAUAUGGAUGAAAAUGUUUAUUGCAUGGUGGCUGCUCCAUGCUAGGUUUUGGUUCAAAGGGCCAGUUAGGGAAUUCGAACCCACUCCGGGUAACUCAAGAGUUGGAAGCACCAAGGGAUUUUGAGGAUUGCUUUGGAUUGUUGAAUGUGUGCAAAUGCACAUUAUGAUUAUGAAUGUGUGGUUUUCAG